UUUAAUAUAACAUCCCAGUUUGAAUAGGUGAGUCAUGGAGGAGGAUGUGUUGCAAUUCCUCAGGUCGAGAGCGGUCCCUCAGGAUGACAUUAUACGCAUGCAAAGAGACAAGGUUGAUAAGGCAGUGCUAUCCAUCAUGACUGAUGAACAAAUGGCCAGAUAUAUCUCUUCAUAUGGUGACCGGGUUGCUGUCCUGUCCUUCUGUCAACAAGCAAAGUGCAGUACUGACAAACACACUCUUUUACAGAAACUGCGAGAUAAAAUAGGAACACGCAAAAUGAAAUCAAAGGCAAAGGGAGCCAUGUGUGGUACAUCAUGUGUGUUCAAAAAACAAGGCGAAGGGAUGGCAAGACAUAGAAAUAAUGCAGGAGAAAGCACUUCAAGGAAGAUUGAAAUUGGAUGGCUUCAUUUCAGCAAUAAUGACUACCAACAAGUGAGAACCAGAAAAGGUGGUGGAACAAGACAUGCAACAGUUGAGAAAACAACAAAUAUUGCUCAGAUUUUGCAGAUGAGAAGGGAGCUUUUUUUUUCAAAUGGACUUUCAACAAAAGGUCGAGUGGAAGACUUUACCUUUCAUAUCUGUGAUUUUAAAAGACACCAGCUUCCCAUGGAUGACACUGUUGGCCACCUUUAUGAACAAACUAAACUGAAGUUGCUUCGAUUUUACAUUUGCACACGAGAACAAGCACCUUCAACAGAUGAAGAAUCACCUGAAGUGGAUCAAUGUACUGUAGAUUCCUUAUCUAAGGAUUCAUCUGUCAACAUCUCUGAGGGAGCAGAUCUACAGUUGACUAGCCAGGGAGCCCAUAGUGAUGUGGAUGAUUCAACCACAGAUCAACUGGAGCAUGGGCAUGCAUUUGACAGUGACACAAGCGAACAGGUUUGUGAUACUGAUAAAUAAAGCAGUGAGUGAUGAUGAUACAAGUAAUAAAAUGUAUCCCCUGUAUACUGUAUGUGUAUGUUGGUUGCUGCUGUAUCACACAGGUUCUGAUGAUGUUAAAGAAUUUAAAUUAUUGCUAACUAAAACUUAGUCCUUUAUUCUUAGCAGGCUUCUCCUCUUUCUGCCAUACUCUAUGUCCAGGAAAAUCUCAUUACUGUCGUUCAAGUCCAGAAGACAUAAGAAAUCCCAACAUUGGCAAGGUGCAGCACCCUAGCUCAAGUGAUCAUGAUGAUGACACCAUUUGGAAUCUUCCUU